AUGCGAUCCACCCUCUUUGCCGUCGCAUCGCUCGCCGUGCUCAGCACGCUUGGCUUGAGUGUCCAGGAGACCCAGGCCAAGUCGCUCAGCAACAGGCACCAAAACCACGCCCGAGACGUCAUCAUGCCUGCUGCCCACCGCAGGAAGGUGUGCAAGAAGCACAAGAAGAAGCCUGCUAGCACUUCCAACAGCAACACCAAGCCUAAGAUCGGUACCGACUCUGGCUCUUCCAACAACAACAGCGGCAGCAGCAGCGGCUCGUCUAGCGGCUCAUACACGUCGGCUUCGUCGGGCUCGUCGUCUGGUUCUUCUUCUGACUCCUCGUCUGACUCAUCGAGCUCGUCCUCUUCCGCCAGUGCUUCCGCUUCCGCUUCUGCCAGCGCGUCCGCCUCGGCUUCCUCCUCGUCCUCGUCGUCUUCCUCCAGCUCGUCCUCCUCCGGCUCCUCCUCUGGCUCCUCCUCCAACUCCAGCUCCAGCUCCUCGUCCUCCGCCUCCGCCUCCGCCGGUGCUGCUCCCCCCAACAGCCCUUGGGGUAACUGCUUCGACCUCACCGCUACCGCCUUCCAGCCCAACUGGAAGGGCGAGGCCACCACCACGUGGUGCGGUGUCAACUUUGACAAGUCUGCGCCCAUCAUCGCUUUGCCCCUGGCCCAGCUCUCCAAAGCCUACGGUUCGGGCAACUCGGUGACCUACUACUCGGACCAAGGGCUGUGGAACGACAUGAUUUCGCAGUGGUGCGGCCGCGAGGUGGUCAUCGAAGGCCCUGGUGGCAGCUUCAAGGCGUACUUCGGCGACGCCAACGAGUGGACGUCGGUCGAUGUCAACAUGAACUUGUUCACCAAGCUCAAGGGCGUCGGUGUGGGAAGCUACUCGGACCCGGAUGCUGCCGGCUGGAUCCACGGCGUUAAGGGCUGCUUCACCGGCCAGCAGGUUAACUUGAAGAGCGGCUUCCCCUUCUCGUACACGUAA